GGGUUAACUAAAUCAUUGUUUGUUUUAUAGUUAGAAAGCUCUACUAAUGUUAAUUUUAUGUUUACAGUAAGAAUAGACAUUUGAUUGCAGCACAGGAUUUGAUGCGUAGUUUGAGGGCGACGUUGUGUUGUUAAUUACACAGUUAGGUCUUCAUACCUUCGCAAUGUUGUAUUCCCAUUGGUUGCUAUUGAUGUAUUUGUUAUACUCGUUUACUACAUGCACGAUGACAAAACGAGUGUUGGAUCAUCGUCGAGUUCACAAUCAGCAACGUAGCCAUGGCAGACACCACCACCGAAGAAAGACGUCCGCAUCACCUGUCACUAGAUUAGAUGAACUACUUCGUGGUCCUAGUGUAAGUUACGUGCAACAUCAAAGUUUGAAUCCUAAACAACUAGAAACCCAGAAAAGUUUGAAAAAUGAGCUAAAAAAGUUGGAGAGGCGAACAAGAUGGGUUCCACCUGUCCCUUGUCUUAACUGCAGAUCAGGAUACUCUUUGUACAGUUCACCACGAAACUAUGGACCAAACCAAGUGCUGUAUCUGCAACGUCUUGUACAAAAACUGAACUCAGAUGUCGGCAGGUUACAUACGUCUGUAGAUAGUUUAAUAAGAUGGAAGUCAAGUGCUGAGCAUAAUGUACAACGUUUGGAAGAGCAGAUAGAGACAAUGAAUGAACAGUUAUCAGAUCAUAAUCACUCAGAUAGAACAAACAUUGGAAGUCAAUCAACAGCAACAAAUAACAAUUUUGACCAAUCAAGGCAAGUACAAGCUCUUCAAACCAUGGUUAUUGAGUUGCAAAGUUCUGUCAGGAGUCUACAACAACAACAACUACAACAGGCGCAUAUUCCAGAUAGUGGUUCAAACACAAACCAUGUUGUUGCAGUAAACAGCAAUAAUGAUGAAGGCACACCUGCUUCAGUAGAUACUGGUGUAAACGAUUUACUCAACUUGCAUGGGAGGCGUUUAAAUUCUCAUGAUAAUGUUUUACGCAAAACCUCAAUUGACAUUACAAGUCUUCAACAUCAUCUUGUCAGCAUACUCAGCAAAAAUUCGAAACAAGAUCGUCAAAUUUCUUUUCUUCGAUCUGUCUGUUCUAACACUACAACAUCUGUGGCUUCGAUACCACACAUGAUUGCAACUGAGAAUGAUGGUGGAAUAGGACCUGGUCAAAGCAGGUCAAUUGAAAAUUUACGAAGAUCAUAUCAAACUCAAGAACGUGAAAUUAAUUUGCUGAAACGCAAAGUUUCUGAAUCACAAUCUUGUUGUAGAGACGUGGUAACUUUAUCUCGGCGACUGGAUAGCACCGUUGCACAUGUAGAAGAGGCUCGAAUAAGAGCAGAUGAAAGCAUGGCUGUCAUUGUAUUACAAGAUCACAAAGUAAAUGAAGUGGUUGGGAAACUUGAUAGACAACGUGUUGUUAUUCAGCGUCUUCAAGAAUCUGUUCGCAACCAACAGCAUUCAUUGUCUGUUAUGAAUAGAAACAUUAGAGAUUCACUGAAUCGUCGAACUCAGCGAAUAAACGAGACUUUGUUUGCAAACAUAACUGCUUUCAUGACAUCAUUUGAAAAUCGAGUUCACAACAGAUGGUCCGCCAUGUCUACUCAGUUGGAACGUAACAACAAUACUUUGCAAACUGUUGGACAAUAUCUUGAUCAAGUGAGUCAACAGACGAGUGAAAAUAGUCAGUACAUUGAAGAGUUGGAGACAAAGUUACUGGAGCAUGUUAACCAAGCUGGAAACAAUGUGACUCUUGUUGCACAAAGAUUAAAUAUGAAUGAACGAACUUUAAUUGGUAUGAUGUCACGCUUGAAUGAGAUUGGAAAUCUUGCCAAAGUGCAACGAAAAGCUGUGGAAAAUAGAAUAAAAAAUGCUGAAACAAAAAUUCUUUUACUUGAAGAUAAUUUAACACAUUUGGGCGAUUCACCCGAAUCAUCUUCUUCAGUAGAAGAGUCAGUUGUGUUUUUAAACAGCUCCUUUCAUCGUCUUCGUUCUGCUCUUCACCGUUUAUCCAACAGGGUGGAUGGAGUUAACACAGCUGUUCAUAAACAUAGUGCAACAGAUAGGAGGACCAAGAAUCGAUUUUCGAGAAUUCAUUCAUUAAUAAAAGAACAAAAUGAAAGAUCAAACAACGAAUCCAUGUUGUUGCGUCGAAUGAUAAACAGUGAUGCUGACUCACUACGACACACUGUGGCUUUACGGUUAUCUUUAUUAUCAAGUCAUAUAAGCAAUAUCACGUCCUCUGUUACUGACAUCGCUAGCCAACGUGACACUUUGUACGAUCACAUCAUGAGUGUUGAGCAAUCUCUUAAUCUUUCAUUAAACAGACUUCAAAGAAACACAGAUCAUAUUCAAGUUAACCUGGACCUCAACCAUGAAAGAAUGAAAACAAAUGAUUCUGAUCUAAGAAGAAAAAUUUACCUUUUAAAUGAAACAAUGAAUGAGCUUGUUGCUCAAAGUCAAAAUGGACUCCAUGAAAAUUUAAUGGAAAUAACAAAUAUUUUAAACACAAGGGUAACAUCAGUACAUCGCAAUUUUACGAAUCUAAGUUCUAAUCUGGAAGCUGUUCAGCGAAGUUUGGGAGAUGCCGAGACAAAUAUAAAUAAUGUCACGAAUCAUUAUCAUGACAUGAGAAAUCAUAUGAACAUUGUGAAAGGCAAUGUUGAAGAACUAAUGACAUCACAACAUGAUCUGCAAACCAGAUUACGCACUGUGGAUCAAACAGUACAUAAUCAAAUGAUUAACAUUUCUUUGAAUCAAGAAAACAUCAAUCUAAACAAACAACUUGCUUUAAAUCUUCACUCAGGUUGUCAAGAAGAACGAAAUGCAACAAGACAGUUUGAAAAGUCUGUUCAAGAACAAUUUAAACAGAUUGGUGAAAAUGUUGCUAGAAAUCAACUGACCAUUAAUUCAAGGUUAACAACUGUAUCGAAUAAGGUGGUUGAAGUUAAAACUUCUCUACAUGAUGUCACUUCUCUGCAUAACACACGUUUGAUGUCACUUGAAUCAUUAAAUGGAAGUUGGAUUCCAUUAUUUGGAAACUGCAACAAUAAUCUUGCUUUAGUCAGAGAUGAUAUUAGAGCAUUACAAAGAACAGAUGGAAAUUUUCAAGUAUCUUUGGAGUUACAUGAGCGAGCUUUAAUAGAACACAGAAGACUACAUACCAAUCUAAGUGCUAUAUCUGAAGAUGUUAGCAGUGUAAUAAAUGAACAUGAGGUUGCACUUCAUUCUGUAAAAGGAGUCGUCUUGCAAUUGAAUGAAACUCUUGUGGAAGGUGAAGAACGGAUAGGGGAAGAAAUUGAAGCUCAAUUGAAGCGCCACAUGAGGGAAGUAGUGGGUUUGCGUGGAAUCAUGCGGAACUUUACAUCUAUUGUACAAACUAUGAUAAGCAAUCGACUUGAUCAAGAAAUAUCAAUUGCAUCAGUACGAAUGCAUCAGCGUGGUCUUGUUGAGACUGUGGACAGCCACACUGCGUCUUUGGAUCGACUCAAUCACGAUAAUAUUCAGAUUAAAUCUGAAAUUGCUGGUGUUGGUGCAGACACUGAAAACAAUUUAAGAAAAAUUACAAAUCUGAUAAGGAUUUUUGACAGGUAAGUGAUAGUUUUGGUCAGGACUGGACUAAAACAUGUGCUUGGCCUUCCUGUCUGUCGAUAUUUUUAAACACCAAAGUCUUAAAAAUGUAACUGACAUUUCGUAGUAUUUUAACGACUAUGAAUGAUUGAACAAUGCUGGUUUAUCCUCCCAUGGCGGCACAACGAUAACAGUUAUAACAAAAGUGCUCUAUUUUUACUAUAACUAUUAAGUGUAUAUGCGUCUGAUGACCAUAUUAAUAAAAAAGUACAAUUGUAACCCAGGAAUGACUGUCCAUAAAAUCACACGAUUGUAUCAAAAUCCCAAUCCUUUUUGUCUUGAGCUUUAUAAGCUUCUUUGAUAAAAUAUGAAUCUAAAUAUUUUCUUGGGAAACAAUUUUUAUCGAAACUACAAACUGUAACAUGACAGUGGCAUCAUAGCUAUUUUAAUAUUCACAAUCAUGUUUGAAUAAUAAUACGUGUUGUUUGCGUGGGGUAGGCCUGGUCUGGUCUGGGUGAUGUUUCGCCACUUUUAUGAUAGUAAAAAAGCAGCCAUGCAGAUAGUCUAAAGAUUAUAUAUAUAUUUUGAAUAUUCAGUUUUGUUUACGUUAGGUAGAUUCAGAAGUUAAAUUAGUAAAGUGGAGUUAGUCUAAAGAAAGAAAUCAAAAAACAACUAUAGAACGUUUAAAGUCUUUAAGAGACUACAUUUUAUCAGACUACCAGUUGUUUGCGCAAAUAGGCUCCGCGACUUGGGUCAGCUUACUACUUUUACUAAUUUUGUUGCACGACACAGAAAAGAUUGGCAAAAGGCAUAUACACAAAGGUAACGAAGAACACUUUGGCACCAUAUGCUGAUUGACUGUACUAAACGAAUGUCACAAUAGCGUGGACUUUAUGUUGUCUAAUUCCUAUGUUUUUUAAACGGUUUUAUAUUAGAGGAGAACCACGUGAUUGUCACACGUCGUAACGGCAAUCUAGCCAGUAAAAAAACGACGUUUCGCCCACAGUCCUUUACGGCCGCGUGAAAAAAUAAUUCGUCCCAUCAGUGGUAGCGAACUUCCAUACUGCACCGACGACCUAGUUCUCUUGUGGUACCGAUAUGAAUGUAACUUACUUUAUCCUCGCUAGGCGACAAACAACAGUUGUUAUAACACGGAUGUUCUGCACAU